CUUCAUUCCUUGGCGGGUGUUAGCUAGCAGUUGCGGUUUCCGUUGCACUGAAUCUAAACCGUUGUUGGAAUCGCCGCGAACCAUAUUUCCGACACGCUGUUUGGUUCAUUGACGGUGGCGGCCAGGCCACCGACCCCGUCCAAUCCAUUUGAGCCAAUUCAAAUUCCGAUGACGUAUUUCGAGGAGGUCGUCAUUAACGACGGUGGCCGCACCAGGGACGUCGAGCGCACUCGCGACGGCGGAGAGUACAUCAAAUUGAGGUGGGACUCACUGCCCGAAGCCACGGCCACCAGCCGGAGAAGAUCGUGUCUCUGUUAUUGGGUUAAAUCCGCCCUGUGCUUAAUAUGUGUGGCCCUUCUGGCUCUCGCUGCUUUCAAAUGGGUUUGCCCCUUCGUUGUAGAAAAGGUGAUUAUUCCGAUUAUAACGUGGGAGAGCAACAGAUUCAGCUAUCCCGUGUUAGCUGUUGUAUUGUUUGGUUCUAUAGCGCUUUUCCCUACCCUGUUUUUGCCUUCCUCGCCUUCUAUGUGGGUGGCUGGGAUGAAAUUUGGUUAUGGCUUUGGAUUCUUGCUAAUAAUUUCUGCAGCACUUGUGGGAGUUUCACUCCCUUUCUUCAUCGGUUCAAUGUUUCAUCGUAAAAUUAAUGUGUGGUUAGAAAAAUAUCCAAAGAACGCUUCUGUUCUAAGAUCUGCUGGUGAGGGAAAUUGGUUUCAUCAAUUUCGUGCAGUUGCUUUAAUCAGGAUUUCCCCAUUCCCAUACAUACUGUACAACUAUUGUGCCGUGGCAACAAAUGUUCAUUAUUGGCCUUACUUGUGCGGAUCCUUGGUAGGAAUGGUGCCAGAAAUAUUUAUUUCAAUCUAUACGGGAAUUUUGAUAAAAACGUUGGCUAAUGCUACACAUCAAAAGGAUACUAUAUCUGCUACGCAAAUUGUCCUCAAUGUUGUUGGUUUCUGCGUAACUGUAGCUACAAUAAUCUUUUUCACAGUCUAUGCUAAGAGGCAGCUCAAGGAGUUACAAAAAGAGGAGGAUCUGCUGUUGAAAUAAUGAGCUUACUUUUUGGCUGCACGAGGCAAUUAUCACUAUCUCAAAUUGGCACAUAUUGAUGCAUGAUGCACAUUAGAGUGAGGUUUCAUUUAUUAAGUAAACCUCGUCUAUGGGAGUGUUGAACGUCAAAUUUAAGAGAAAUGUACACUCUCUAUUUAGUCAAAAUUGAUUUAAAUUAACAAUUUUGUGAGUCGCAUAUCUUAUUUAAAGAUCCUCUAUCAUAAUUGUAUAGAUUUUAAUAAACAUUAAUCAAUAAUAUCAAAUGUAUCAAAAGGAAGUGUUAAGUGUAAACUUCUCAUGUUUUAAA